GCGACAAACCCCAGCCACCGAGUGCUUCGACAACGGAUAUCAUCCACCAUCUCAAUGCGCCAUCCCUUACGUUGAUAACUUCCACCAAACCCCCACAUUCCUCUCACCUCAAAGCCGCCGUCAUGGUGGUGCUUCUGUCUUCGCGACCGCUGGCUUCCAGGCUGCUGGCCAGGUCAACGCGAACGUUCACGCGACCUUCAGCUGUCAACCCCAUUCCACGCGUUUCCUGCCAUUGUUCAGGCAACAAGGAACAAACCAACAAUGGGGGUACCUGGUUAGACCUCGCAGCAUUCUCUAAGCACGCUAGAACAUACGCGACAGCCUCACCAAAGCCAGCUAGCCGACCGAAAGCCCAUACCGGACGCACGCCUGCCAAGCGCACCGCUACAACCAAGACGACCACCUCUACUAAGAAGAAAACCGCGAAACCUUCCAAGAAGAAGGCAGCAAAGAACUCCAAACCGAAAACAAGAGCCAAGAAGGCACCAAGCAAGACAGCUAUUGCACAAAAAGCGCGAAAGGCACAAUUAGACCUGCGCGCAAAAGCCCUGCUAGACGAGCCCAAACAGCUUCCUUCGACAGCUUACAUGCUGGUAUUGGUUGAAGAAUCCAAAAAUGGUGGACCCGUUAAGAGCAGGUCAGCUUCUGCGUCGCAGAGAUACAAGAGCCUAAGCCCGGAAGAGCGCGAGCGAUACAACCAUCAAGCGAACGAGAACAGGGAGAAGAACACCAUUGCUUACAAGAAAUGGGUCCAAACCCACACUCCCCUCGAAGUCAAGCAAGCAAACAUUGCUCGACGACAACUGCGCAGAAAAGCUCAGGCAGCCGGGAAAAAGACGAGGUUCACCCCUAUCCACGAUGAUCGCACCGUGAAAUCUCGGCGUAAUGCAUACUCUUUCUUCUUUGCAGAGCGUCACUCGUCUGGUGAUCUGAGAGGCAUGACCGUCGCAGAGUCUGGUAAAUUGCUAGGCAGGGAAUGGAAGAAUAUGUCGGCUUCUGAGAAGAAGCCAUACAACGACAAGGCCGAAGCUGAUAAGACACGAUACAUUGAGGAGUACCGCACCGUCUAUGGCCUUGAACCGUCAGCUCCACGCAAACGAUCGACCGAGGCACUAUAAGCCAAUGCAUAUGUGAGAGGUCGUCGCCGGAAGUUCGCUUAUGUUGUACAAGCGGAGAACAUGUCCUGGUCAACGUUGUUCCGGCCUGAUCUAGGUUGAACACACCGAGACCGUAUCGUGUCAUGUACGAUUGCGAUUGGGAGCGGAGUUAGUUUGAGUCUCGCAAUGUCAAUAAUCUUUGUACGGACCACUAAAGACGGUUGUGCGGUUGCCCGGCGCUUCCUUUUUGGUCGGAUGGUUGGGACUGAAGCGGGUGCAUAGGUGCGAGCAGUCGCUUCUAAGCCGGUGAUAAACGACUGUUUCUUGUUAUGUACAGAAGGACCAAUUUUCUGUUGAAUACAAUUCCAAACAUACCUACGUUGGUAUUGUUACAUCUGGGAGCAGCCUUGCGGUCGACGGCCUCUAACCCAUGAAG